UAUAAUUAAAAACAAUGAUAAGAGAAGAUGAAAUUUUUGAACUUCAAAGUUGGAUUUUGGUUUUCAAUUUAAUUUAAAUCAUUUCCAAGUUUAAUUCAUUCUGUGUAGGUUUUAUAAAUCGUGUAUCAAUGGAUCAAAAUUCAAACAUCAUGUCUCAAAUAACCUCGCUCUGAUAUGGAUACCAGCUGAGUGAUUUUUUCCCGAGCCAAAAACAGUAUUUAUUUUCUAGUCAAAAACUCGCCUCUCCAAAAUCAUGAGUAAAAUUUCUAAACUUGGUACCGGAUCUUCGAAACGAUUCGUUUUGGACUCUGUUUCGCCUAUUUUACUUAUACCAUUAUUAGUCGUUAUUUCUAGUAUCAAUUUCUAUCUCACAUUGCUUGUUAUUUUCUUGGUGUUACCUGCCCUUCUAUGCCAUAUAUUCCUAAUUUUUAGAUUUUCCUUACCAAAGAAAAAGUUUUUCUAUGUUUGGAGCAUAGUCUCCAUGUUUUUCAUCUUUAUUUGUUUCGAAAUACUUAUCGUUCCUUUAAUGGUAAUCAGUCCGUCAGAGAAUGUGUUAUUCUAUGUGUUAUUUUGUGGUGUAAUAUUUUUCACCAAACGAAUACAAGGCAACUCUUCCCAAAACAUUACGAAAUUCGGCGUGUAUAAUAAAUUGCAAGAAAGGAAACCGUUCAUCGGUGAGAAAAGUAGCCCGUGCACUGGUUGCUCAGCUAGAGGUUCUAUUUCCGUAUCUUGUAGAUCGUGCAGAAAUUUGAUGCUGGAUGAGAAUCAUUAUAAUGCAUGGAUUGAUUGUUCUGUCGGCGAGUCUAAUCGUAACAAUUAUUAUGUCUUGUUACUCAUUUCAAUGGUAUGGUUGGCGUACACAUCGUACAUAAUUUUAACAACUAUUUGCGGAUCGUAUUUAGCAUUCAACAAAGUAUUGAUUCCCAGUGAUUGUAAUAACGUUUAUGCCACGAACAGAUCAGCAGUAUGUUUUGUCGGAGUUCUGUAUAGUGUCGAAAUCAUCGCGUUUAUUUCUGUCACUCUGAUGCGAGAAUUUGUUCAUACUGCUAAAUAACUGCAAUAACUUCAGCUUUAAAUUUUUAAAAUACAUCAAGCUUCUAUUAGUACUGGCAUCCUGUCGUUAUUUUGUGCACAUUUGUAGUUAGAACUAGUUCCGGUGAUAAUUCAUUUUUCACUGCAGAUCUUUUCUACGUCUGUUUUCAUAAGCUGAUUACUCUAAUGUACCUGUGUGAGUAAGAAGUGGUCUAAACUAAAACACUGCUAAAAAUCAAGUUUAUCGUUUUUCAAGUUGGAUGUUCCAGUUAUCACAGUUUUGAGUUUGUGGAUUUCUGUCAUUUUCAUGAUUUUACCGAAACAGAUCUUCAUUCAAAAUUAAUUGAUUACCUACUGAUAGGUACUUUGAUGUAUUCCAUUUCCAUACAAGUGGAGUGAUCUGCUCAAAGUCUGUCGCUAGAUUUUUGCAAAAAAUCACAGUUUCGGCAAUUUUUUAAUUUUUUGUGUAUAAAAUAUAAAUUGACUAUAGAGUAUAGAUUAAAAUUGUAUUGUCAAAACUCAAAACAAGAAUUAUUGUACUAUGUGAA